AUGCAUCUUUCCUUUUUCUGCGAACCAGAUCGAUCGAACUUCCGCCUCGGUUCCUUAUCUCAUCUGCUCAAUCGUCACCAGUGGCAUUACCGUGACCUCCCCGAUUGGCCAGCGAUCCCACCAGAUCCGUGGUCCAGGGUAGUAAAGACUACUCCAGAUGGAACAUCUACAGUAAAUUCUGAAUCGCAUUCACCAGCUUCCGCAAUCCGUACAAGCGCAUCAGGGGGCAAGCCGGGCAACCUCGUCUCCUAUGAUGACUUCUUUUCGGAAUCAGAUGGUUCGACGACCGAGGAUGAUGCUGAUGGUGUGGCAGAUGACCUCGUGGAAGAAAAAAUCAAGGAGAACAAAGAUCUGCUGGUAUGCUGGAUUAAUUUCGUCAACCCCACGUUUUUUUUCACACGUUCAUUUAAUUGUGUAAUCAUACACGCACUGGUAGGCUUGUUGCCUAUCGUGAAAGAAUUGAACCCAUCUGUCAUAUUGGCCGCAUUCGGAGUGCAGUUCCAUAAUACUGUCAAUCUCUAG